CUGUAAACAUCGAAAUCGAAAAUGGCGUUCUGUACAGCUGUGGGUUGCGCAAUUUAUAUGUAAAUGUGUACGAAAAUCUUAAUAAAAAUUGUAUUUUAUGUGCUAUAAAUAAUCUAAACUCUGAAAAUGUUUCAUGUGCGCAAUUUUUGCGGUCAAUAUUGUAUAGUGCUUUAGUAUUUUUUCUUUAGUGUAAACCUGUCAGGGACCGUGUAUUUUUUGUGUUGUGGUGAUGUAUUAAAAUGAUAAAUAAUGAAACGAAAAAUAAUACGGCUGUGCAAAUAAUGUAAAAAUGAUGGCUGUGUUAUGGGUGAUUUUAAUUUUGGCCUCAACGGGCCUUCAAUUGGUACAAGGAUUGCCUGUUAACCCAGUGCUGCGGGUCUACCCGCACGAAGCCAGUGGGUCUCAGGUGGAAGAAUGGAAUUCAGAAAGCAAUUUGUACACAUCACUGCCGGCGCUGGCGUUGGUGCUGACUGUUGUAGGACUAUUAUUUGGUUGCACCUGGUGCUACAGGCACAAGGAUUGUAAGCCGAGCGAAGGAACGGACAAUCAGCUAUUCGCUUCAAGUGUAUCACACCUCCACGAUGUUCGACACUCGCAGCCUCCCGAUUCGGGUUUCUCCGAACCGGUCAACAACAACAUCAACGAAGACAAUAACAACGGGCCCAUCUCACUGCGGGAAAUGCAGAAUAUCGCAAAUAACAACGCCGCUGUGUAUAUCGUCAGUGAGAACGAGGAACGAAACCGCAUUAGUAGAGAAUCGGUGGUCGAGUUUGAACCUCUCCCGUCGGGAAUUCGAGUACUUGACCCCCUCGAAACUUGCGCUGAUUGGUUUGCUGGUGAAGAUUUUCCAAGAAAUCAAUUGCAGUAUCUUCGAGAAAUUGGGCGCGGUUGGUUUGGCAGAGUGGUGGAAGGCGAAACAGAGGAUGGAACGGGAACCACUACAGUUGCCGUCAAAAUCCUUAAUCAGAAUGCUAGCCUUGAGGAUAAAGCAAGGUUUCUAAAUGAAGCUCGCCCAUAUAGAGACAUGAACCACGAGAAUAUCUUAGGGUUCGUUGCGAAGUGCCUCCAAGAAGAUCCCUGGAUAGUUAUAUUCGAAUUAUGCUCAAUGGAUCUACAACAGUACCUAAUAGUGAAUCGACCAAAGAUGGCCAUUUUAAACGAAAGCGGGGUUCCGUUGCAACUCAUGUGUGACGUCGCUUCCGCUCUCGCCUAUAUGCACUCUAGGGGAUUCCUAUACGGAUGCCUGUGGAGCGGCAACGUGCUGGUCCGCGGGUCGGACAGCCCGCGCGCCGUCGUGGGCCACUACGCGCGCAGCGAGCCGCAGCCGCGCCCGCGCGCGCCCGAGGCGGCGCGGCAGCCGCCCGUCUGCGCGGCGAGUACCGACAUAUGGUCGCUCGGGUACCUGGUGUGGGAGGUGUGCGCGUGGGGUGCCACGCCGCCCGACGAGCCUCCGCCGCCCGACCUGCCCUGUCCUUACCGGAACCACCUGUAUCAAGUGAUGCAAUUGUGCUGGAACCCCAAUCCGGAGGAGCGACCGACGGCCGCUCAAGUACACGCUCUGUUAAAUCACCUACAUUUCACGCAUAAACACACAAGCGACGCCGCUAAAGAUGACGGCUACGCCAGUAGUGAUUUUGAAGAAAGAUGGCAGAGACUCAAACCUAACUCGAUACCAAAAAUAGAUGAGCAUGUCGCUAUCGUCCACGCCCCGUCCACAUCCAUGGCAUCGCAUUUUACAGGCUCAGACCAGGAGUUUGAUAAUGGACAAACCAUACAGGAUUCUCUCAGCGUCGAAAUGGAUACAGCCGUUUCUAGAUCCAGCAGUAUAAUGUCCGACAAAGACCCUCUCUCGAUACAAAUAAAAUCUGAAAGCUUAACCAACCUUCACGGUUCCCUCGAGGAUGUAAGAAAUAUCUACCUCACACACAACGAAACACCGGCUCUCGAAUGCCAUCAGGGGAACAUAAACCUUGAAGAAAGCAAAGAGAAGGAACAAGAUCGCUCCGAUAGCUCAGUUGAUCCUUGGCUUAAAGAUAUAAUUACAGAUAGUCAAGACGAUGUGAGUUACUAUAAGGAUGUUAGUGAUGUUAUAAAGAAUCUCGAUAAUAUACUAAAUUCAGAGAAAACUUCGAGCUCAGAGUCGAGUCACCAAGCUAGUCCUUCAAGGGAUAAUUUAAGCUUGGAAUGCAAGAAAGAUUAUCCUAUGCCCACUUCGAUGGUCAAGUCUCCAGGGAUCAGUAACUUCCAAAAUAUUCUUGAAAUGGGUUUUGCUGCAGAAUCCGAUCUAACGGAAGAAGAUGACGGCGAUCGUGAUACCAUUGGCACAUUAAGCCAUUCUUUCGAACGUCAUAGUGAUACUACCAGCCAACAAACCCUCGAGAAUAUUACUCCAGAAACGCCAAUUAAAGGAUUAGAUAUUUCAGAUAAUAUUGAAACAAAACCAUUUACAGAUUAUGAACCGAACUUUAGUAAAAUAAAUGAACCAGAAAUCAAUUAUGUGCACCAAGAUAGUGAUCUGCCAAAAGAAAAUAGAAUAGACAGUAGCGAUAGUAAAGUACCCAAACUAAAGGAAUUAUGUGUAGCCUCAAUACCUAGUGUAAGUGAAACCAUUGAACAAGUGAUUUUUAAACAAGACUGUCAAACAUCAAAUUAUGAUAAUAAAUAUGCAGAUAUAAAAACUGAUAGUACAGAAACUAAGUCAGUAGAUAUUAAUAAACAAAAUAUUAGCAAUGAAAUAGAACGAGAUUUUUGUAAAAAUAUUGACACUGAAAAACAUAAAUGGGGAAAUAAUUCUACAGAAAAAGAAACUAUACUGUCAGUCUUAGAUAACGCGAAGACAGCAAUAGAACCGGACUCCCGUACAUUCAGUGCAAAUUUAAUUACAGAAGAAAAUGACGUAUUUGGUUUGAAUAGAUCUUCAAUAGAGAGAGAAAAUACUUCAUCUAACUCAUUUUUAUGCCUAACACCUGAAGAUAACAAAGAGAAAGAAACCUUUUCAGUAAUUGAAUGUGAACUUUCUUGUAAAGAAUCUCUUGCUGAAUUUACGUCUUUGCCUGUUACUAACGAUGUCUUGCCAAAUGUUAUUAAUAAAACAAUUUUUAAGAAAGAUAAAUUCGAUAGCACAAAGGAAAUGAUCGUUGCAAAUAAUGUAGAAUUUUUAAGCGAGAGUUGUGAAAACUUAUUUGAAGAUAUAUCAGAAAAUAUUACACAAAGCCAAGAACCUAACAGUUCAUUAUCAAAAUCUAUAGAUAAUUCUCCCAUUGAAAUAACUGGUAAUACAAGCUUACAAAUCAACAAUAUCAAUAAUGGUAUUACAAUAAGUAAAUGUCUUGCGGAAAAUGGUGAUUUUGCCAGCCCAAUAAAUAACUCUAUCCAAAAAGAGGAAAGUCGUUUAAUUGUAAAAAACAAAGAACGUGAUUUGGAUAAAAUUGAGUCAAGUUCAGGUCUUUCGGUAGAUAAUUCUAAUCUAUCUAGUGAAAGUAAUCUUUUAUUUUUAAAUGAUACAACUAAUCCUGUUAUGAUAACUAAAGAAUUAUCUAAGACUGAAAAUAUUACUAUUGAUAAAUGCGAUUCAAUAAGUAAAUUGAUGAAUCUUGAAGAUACAAGUGAGUUAAAAAUUCCAAAUAAUGAUUUAACUAAUAGUCAAUGUGAUAGAAAUAUGGAAGUCUUAGAAACAGUCAAUAACGUUUUAAAAUAUAUAGAACCAGAAAAGGAGUCACCUGAAACAGUACAAAUAGUUAAAAACGUAGAAAUCUCAUCUCCUAUGCAAAACCCUUCCUGUCUAGUAGAUGUUAACAAUGAAUGUGCAAACAAAGCAAAUAACAACAUUCAAACAGCAUUUGAAAAAGUGUUAUUACCUGAAGAAGUACAAAAUAAAAAUGAUAACGAUGUGUUUAUUUCACAAUCUAUAGAAACAAAUAAUAUUGAAGAUGCAUCCCAUAGAUUAGAACAUGUUAUAAGUCCUAAAUCAGACGCAACAGGGAAAGAUGAAUUGAGUGAUAGUACUGUAUAUAUGGAUCUCACUAAUAAUACCAAUAGUAACAUUUUAGAAGACUACAGCGCAGAUAAUACUGUUAAGUGUGUAAUUAAAUCUUGUCUUGAGGCACCUUGUAUUGAAUCUUCUUGCUCGCUUGUCAAAAAUGAUUCAACGGUGUACUUAGAUCUCCCUAAUAUUAUAAGAGAAACCUAUAGUUUUUUGCAUUCAGAAAAAUGCAUUAAUAGUCAACAAAUAGACGUAAAUGAUAAGAUAUGCACAAGUACACCUAAAGGAAGUGAUACUUCAACAGAUAAUAUUCUGGAAAUUGAUGCAAAGCCGACAGAUAUAUUAUCGGAAACAAAAGUCCCCAAUUAUGGUCAUGGUGUCACACUGACGAAAUUAGAACAAAAAUAUGUACCAGAAAACAUAAGUCCUUUUGAAUCUCCUUCUAAAAGUCAUCAUACGGAUACCUACGAUGAAAAUAGUUCCGUAGUUUUAGGUCCAUUUGAGAAUUGUACACUCGAAUUAUAUAAAGGCGUCAAAUCAAUAGCAGAACUAGCUGAUUUACCUAAAGAAGAACUACUAGCGUUUUCGUCGAAUUUUAGUGACAUUAAUCUCGAAACGCCAUCUCCAUUACGAGACGGAAAUUUUCUUAACGAAGUGCCGGAUCUUGUCCCCGACGAAUUGCAUUUCGAUCAAGUUGCUACAAUGAGCGAAUCAAAACCAGAAUCUCAAUCAAAUGAAAUGAUCUCAGAAGAAACAGAAGAACAAUCUUCAACAGAAAAACGCGUUUCACCUUUAACUCCACCAAAUUCGCCGGGAAUUUUUCUUGCAUCAACAUCACAAAAUAAAUAUUUAGUUGAUAUAGAUAUUAACAGCCCUAAUGCCCAGGAAUCUAACAGUAAUCAAGAAGCAGUAGAUUUGAAUCAAAUAGACCUACAAAUGACGACAAAAUUAGCCAUGGCGGAGAACGAAAAUAAUUUAAACAUCGAAUAUUCCGGACCGUUAACUGAGGAAGGCUUGACAUUAGAUGACUCAGUUAUUAUGCGAGAUAAUGAUGCGAUACCGGAAUCAUACUUGGCUGGUAAUGGUGGAUCAGUGGAGGACAUGAGAGAAAACCUUGUUAUUGACGAAGAAAGAAUGAAAGAAUUGAGGAACGAGUUGGAAUUGAAAUUGCCAUUAGCUCAGGUGGCAGGUAUAGAGCCAGCGGUGGAGGGUGAAUGGACGGAGCUACCGCCACCACCCGAACUGGUACUAACGUACGGCGCGCUUUCGCCUAUUGCAGAAGAGACGCGCAUGCAGCUCUGCGCAUACGAGAACGACGAUCAGUGGAAUGCCUCGAUUCGUACAGAAUCAUCGGCAAGCUAUCCUGAACCCUGUAACAACUCAACGGACGAGGUGACCGACUUGCCAACAGCUGCCAACAGUGUUCCGCAACACUCCACUUACACAAUCCACUCAAAAGAUCCUUCGAUAAACCACACGUACACGGUGCAGAAAGAAGUCAUUAGCAGCAAAGAAAUAACAAUGUCUGCAGAUAGCUUGAAUGCUAGCCCGCUAAAAAAGUUACAAGAAACCCAAUCGCCAAUUGAUGACAAAACUUACAACAAAAACGAAGACGAAAAAGAAUCGAACUGUGAAAGACUUUCCCAAGUGUCACCGUUCCUUCUCAGCCCUACAACGGAUACAUCCGUCCCCGAGAACUCUGAUAACCCGGUCGGUUUGUCUACAUUCUCUAAAACGACAGUACCUACAGAUGCUAAAUCCUCUAAACCAUCCGAAACCCAAUGCUUGUCUAAAGCUACAAGUAUCGAUUCAUGGUGUUCGAACGACACUCUCUACAAUGUAGAAGAAAACUUCGACGAUCUCGCUAUGGAUCCCGAUGUUCCUUUAGAUUUCGACACUGAGAUUGAGAGAGAUAAAAGUGAAAGCGAUGACACCCUUACUCACAACGAGGACGAGAAGGAAGCGAGCCAUUGCUCGACCUAUAUAAUUCACGAUAGCAAAUCCGAAGUUUGCGGUACAUUUUCACCAGAUUCGAUUACCGCUAACGACAAUUAUACGUACACUAAAAUAAAAACAGAUGUGGCGACUACUACGCCUUCUGUAAAUACGAAAUCCGAUUUAAAUGAUUCUACGAAAAAUACUCAAACGAAAGAUCUAGCUUAUGGUACACUAAUGUCUGGACACCCAUCUUAUUCUAAUUGCACUACAGAAUUAGGAUCCGGUUUGGACGAAGUAUGGAAACUUCCGCAACCUGAAUUAGUAAGAAGAUCACCAAUCGGUGACGAAGUAAGCUUUACGCCACCUAAACAUGUUGAAAAGAAGGAAAUAAGUAUUAUGGAAAGUCCCCAAUUAACUUCAGAACCACGUAUUAAGAAAAUGAACAGCCUAGAAAUUACGUGUUUAAAAGAUGAUUCGACAGAGAGUAACAAAGGCGGUGACACCUCAGAACCACGAGUUCUUUCUGAAAUAAAUAAUAGUCCAAAUAUUUAUUUUAUGAAUAUGGCACACUCUGCAACAAGUACACCUUUUGCUAUGAACAUCGAAAAUUGUGAAAACUUAGAAACAAUACCAAUUCACCUACCUCACAUCCAAGGAGAGAAUAGUGAAGAAAUUGCCAAUAAUGUCCCAAAUUUUCGAUCAUUUUUUCAGUCAGCUGAAAUCCGACCGCAAGAUAUUUCUUCAAACGUAAGUAACGAAGGUCAUAGCACCGAAAUUUUACUAGAAGGAGAAAGCAAGACCUUAAGUCAAGAUAUUACUAGAGAUAUGUCAUCAAAAACUCCUUCUUAUUCGGAUUUUGAAAAUUCGGCCAUGACAAAACCACAGGACGUCCAUACAAGUGAGAAAUCUAGUCAAAGUGUGGAAAGCGGAAUAAGCUCUGAAGAUUUCCGCCAUUUUGAAAACUCAGUAAAAAACCGGCCUCAAGACCUUUCGUCGCUCAUUGAUGCUAGCUCUCUUUUACUAAAAAGCGAAAGACGAUCUAGUGAACUUGUCAUGGGUAGUCUAAUGAGCACCGGUUUAGAUCUCACUAGCCAAUCUGAAAGUCAAACGAUCAACACGGAACCCGAAUCUCUUGUUUAUGUCUCAUCUAAUUAUACAAAUUUAUUAGAAUCUCACAAUGUAGAUAGUAGUCAACCACUCAAUGUAUUUGUUACUGAUUUAGACAUGGAAGAAGAGACUGAACAACCACAUUCGAUUAUUAUAACCGAAAGCCCUUUAAUUACAUCUAAAGUUAGUCCUAACAGAACUUUCGACUCGCAUACAAAAACAAAUCGUACAGACAUGAAUUACACAUAUGAUUCCCAUGCGAGUAGCUAUCAGCCUUUAAAAAAUAUUUGGCAGAACGACAGUACAAAUUCUGAAAAGUUAAACGGGGUAGGCGAAAAUAAAAUCGACAACCAAAUGGAAUCUCCAAAUGAACGAAAUAAUCCAGAAAGUUCAUUAUCACAAAGUGAAAUAAUUACACGAGAUAUUGAUAUAGUAUCUAAUUCGAUAGAUCAGAAUGCCGAAUCGAGUAGCAAAUGCACCGGAAGCAAUGAAAUGUUUGCAAUAGUAAAUUUUUUGAACGAAACCUUUGAAGAGCUGGUUGAAAGCAACGUUGAUGAUAAUGAUACUGGAAGUGACAUCAACAAAGACGAUCAAAGUUUAAAUUCCAAGAAAGUAAUAGAAACCAGGUCAGAAUCAGAAUCUCUCAGAGAGGAGCCCGUCGAGAAAGAGGCGUCCUGUAAUAAUGAGGAGUGCGCUGAAGAUACAUUUCUUUCCAAUGGAGUUUUCCAGGAAGAGAAACAAAUGGCUUCAGUAACGGAUGAUUUUUUAAAAAACGAAAAGAAAUUCUGCCAGCUUGAUUCUUAUUUUCCCCUUCUAAGUGAUAUUAGAUUCACUGGUCCAGCGACAGAAAUAAUGACUACAUCGUUCACUCAAGAUUCGCCAACAGAACCUACUUCUCCUGAGUGCGAGCAAGACAGCAAACCUGACCCAACAGCGGAAAUAAUAAAAGAGUGGGACAGCGAUAGCGAUUCGCAUUCCACGAAUUCAUCUAGCGGCGAGUUUAUUUGGAAGGACGGCGACGGACACGAGACCGCGGUCGUGCCGUCCACGCACUUUGACCACCAGCGUGACAGCGGGUCACAGCCGAGCUGUACAGACGAAGGGGCAGCCGAGGGCGAAGCUCCCUCCUCAGCGUCCGGAGACUCCGGCUCCGGCUCAGAAGGCGACGAGGUAGAGUUCGUGCCUUCCUCCUGGGACUGUCUUGCCGCGCCCUCCAAAUCCUCGCUCAGAAGUAUGGAACAACCACCGGACAACAAGAAGCGCGUGGUGUUCAAGCGGCAGAAGUACCACUGCGUGUACGAGUACCCGCGCGAGGCGCCCGACGCCGACGCCGACUCGCCCGCCGCCUACCUGCCCGACUACUCCACCUACUCCGAGUGGGAUCCCGCGAGCGCCGAGGACGCAGAGUUAGGAUAUGGUCAACUAUUUGGGGCUCCGAAUCCUUUAGACUUAUUCCCUCUCCGGGCCGGUAUCGCAUUCGGUGCAGAUUAUGAUGAAGAUUUCUUCAUAUCAUCAUCGGCACGACCGUUCGAAAGCCUGGGUGUCAUGUCUACCACCAGCCAGUUCUUCCCCGGCAUGCACUUCAAGCCGACUCUCGAACGCGACCUGUCCGAUGAGCUCAGCGAGGACUUCCCUCCGCCGCCGUCGCCCCUGCCACCUCCCACUCUCGUGCAAACCGCCACGCCCUUCCUGGACUUCACCACUCCGGACUCGGGCGUGGAGGACAUCACUCCCGGCUCAUUGACCGACGACGACUACAAAGUGAAGAAGUUGCCGGACAACGAGCCCGGCCAGUGCUGGCGCUCCGCAGACAGCGCGAGCUCCAGCGAGUCCGUCAGCCCCAGCUCGCCCGGCGGGGAGGCGCUCGGCGGCCUGCGCCACACGCGCGACAAGCUCAAGCUGGACCUGCCGCCCAGCCCGCACGUGCCGUCGCCGCGCCACGCCCGGGUCUUCAACUUCGUGCUCGACAAGCCCAAGCGGCCGCGGGACGAGCGGCCCGCCGAGCCCGCCACGCCGCUCGUCAUGAGCGACGAGACGCCCGUCGUGGCCGUGGCGCUGCCGAUGCCGCGGGACAGCGAUGACGUCAUGCCCGAGCCCACCUUCUCCACCUUCGGGAAGACCGCGCCAUGCAAGGCCGGCCAGGGUGCCGACGCGGAGAAGAGCAUCGUCCUCACCGACGAGGUCGAGCGCGCCGCCGCCGUCGACGAGGCCAAGGAGGAGGGCUCCGGCAAGGUGGAGGCCGUGCGCGGGGAGGGCACGGUGCUGGACAGCGGAGACGAGGACUCGGGCAUCGAGAGCAGCUCCAAGGCCACGCUCGAGCGGGACGAGCCGGCGUCUCAUGUAUCUUAAGUAGGACCGAAUAGAUGUAGAUUUGUUAUCGUAUAUCCACGGUGUAUCGGCUCGUGUUGUACUAGUUAGUGCACGGGGGCGAACGUGACUGAAGAUUUAUUUCGGAAUAGCACCUCGCACCUCGGCCGAAGUAUUCGACAUGAGCGACGGCAGUAGUGAGUCCGUCGAUGUGCUAUGAUAAUGCCAUUAUAUGUUAAGAUUAUCAACAAUCUUACAGUUUAAGUAUUUUCUAUUCGUAUUUCAGUUUUUAUUUUGCAUGACAUUUUUAUACAUAUCGGAAAUCGAACGUUUUACACGGUUCUAUUAAAUUUUACACCAAAAUUAGUAAACUAAACAGCAAUCCAUUAUUCAGUAAUACAUAAUAGUCAUCGGUGAUUCUUUCGACACAACUAUGGUACAAAUAGCCGUGAAUUAUUCUAAAUAUAUUUGUAGAUAUAGCGCUUCGAUUAUCAUACUGAAUUAAUUAGGUUUACGCGAGCCGAUCCUUCGGCGACCGCGACAGCGGCCUACUCAGUUUUAUACAGCUGUAGAUUUUCUUAUACUUGCUAGGAUUUUCAUACGUAAAGUUUUUAUUAUUUCAUAUGUCAUAGUGAUUUAGAAUAUUAUAUGUAAUUUAACAUUAUGUUCGGAAACAUGUUUUAUUAUUAAAAUGUGUUGCAAUCAUUAAUUGGCAAUAGAUAAAUUAAAAAUAUUUCCAAAAUAUUGUAAUAAAUUAUGUAUUUAAUAAAAAAUACAAUUAUUACAUGUAUCCGAACAAAAUUAAAAGUCAAAAAUGUAUCGUACUUGUGACAUUACAUCCACGCACAAUAAAUCGCAAUCGUGGUAAAAACUUAUCGAAAUUGAGGGUGCAGUCUCAUUAUUAUAGUGUUAUUUUAAACCUUUACCUAUGUUAAUCAUCUUUAUUUUUAUUGGUAUUUUAUUUUCUUUCUAAAAUAUAUUAGAUUAAUAAGUUUUGCAAACUCAAUGCAUUCAUUUUAGCUGUCGCUUUAAUAAAACUGCAUGUCCUUUUUUUAUACUGCACCCAUACAUAACGUUCAAAUUUCAAAGCCAAUUUCUAGUUAAGUGAAAAAUUUUAUUAGAUAAGGUUUAGAUAUACAAGCGGUGGUGACAGGUCAUUGCGUAUUUAUGGAUAUCUCGGCGACACGACACACUCCAUGUAACAAUUUAUACUUCUAUACAAUUUUAACACGCUGUAGUCCUAGAUAAACACGACAUUCGGAGGAUCAGAAGGGUAUAUAAUAUAUUAAUCAUUUUCAAUAAAAUCCGCACGUAAUUAUUUAUUGUCGCAAGUGCCGCCGAGUCGCCAAUAAGUGUGUGCCACGAGAUCGAGUCAUCAAAUAUGCAAUACGUCCAAGUGUGAACCUCAUGUGCAAUUCUUCUCAUUUCCAUAUCAUCGCGUUUUAGUUGUUUAGUUACUGCUGUAAAUAUAAUUUAAAAAGUUAUCGAAGAUGAAAUUUUUUUAUUAAGGAAAUUUAUUAUUCGUACUACGUGUUUAUUGUUCUGAACUUUAUUUUUUACAGUUUUUAGAAUGUUUCGUUAAUGUACAGGUGUAAAUACGCGGUAGAUGUUCAUUUUGUUGCGAUAUCAAUGUAGGGAUACUAAUUGGUUAGAGUUUAGAUCGUGAAAUUUAUUUCCAAACAACUCGAGGUCGGCAGACUAUAGCGCACUAUAGCGCACUAUAGCGCACGGUCUGGUAUCAAAAGAGUAAUAGAAUUUUAUAAAUUAUCUAUUUCGUUUAGAAAUGUUUCCAAUACGAUGGAUUUGUUUAGAUUACCUUUAUAAUGAUAACAAGGAAUUAUUUGAAUGAAUUGUCCAAUAAUAAUUAUGGUAUUUAUUGUUUGUAAGUUGUUGUUUUGUAUGAGCUGUCGGCAGUAUUUAGUGAAUGUGACGCAUUGGAAGUCUUUUCAUAUUGUGACUUUGUCGAGUCUUUAAAAGUAUUUAUAUGAAAAAAUAAAUAAUUAAUAAAACUUGUGACUUCAAA